GGAUACCAACGCCGAGGGCUGUGCUGCUGCCUUGGCUGGGAGCGAGCUUCUGGAGAGUCAGGACCUAGUACGCGGAGAGGGGCCCGUGCUGUGCCCGGCCGUGCCGACCAAGCGGUGGUGGAUGCUCUCUCUCGAAUCCUCGUCGUUGUGCCGCGGCCCUGACUGGAGAGCAAACAUGAAUGUUGGAGUUGCCCACAGUGAAGUGAAUCCAAAUACCCGUGUAAUGAACAGCCGGGGUAUGUGGCUGACAUAUGCAUUGGGAGUUGGCUUGCUUCAUAUUGUCUUACUCAGCAUUCCCUUCUUCAGUGUUCCAGUUGCUUGGACCUUAACAAAUAUUAUACAUAAUCUGGGAAUGUAUGUAUUUUUGCAUGCAGUGAAAGGAACACCUUUUGAAACUCCUGACCAAGGUAAAGCAAGGCUCCUAACUCAUUGGGAACAACUGGACUAUGGAGUACAGUUUACAUCUUCACGGAAGUUUUUCACAAUUUCUCCAAUAAUUCUAUAUUUUCUGGCAAGUUUCUAUACGAAGUAUGAUCCAACUCACUUCAUCCUAAACACAGCUUCUCUUCUGAGUGUGCUUAUUCCCAAAAUGCCACAACUACACGGUGUUCGGAUCUUUGGAAUUAAUAAGUAUUGAAAUGUUUUAAAACUGAACAAAAUUUUUACAGCUACUGAGUUUCCUGUAAGGAAGGAGUAGUUAGUAAACUGCACUGUUUUUGUGAUAAUGUGAAAUGAGAGGUAUAUAUGUCAGAGGACCAAUUGCUGGUUCUUAAGUGCAGAUUUCUACUAAAGGAUACCUCUGUUUAAUACAACUGGUAUAUUUUUGAAGAAAGGCUUUUUAGGCAGGCUGGGCAGGCCCAGCUUAUAAGUUAAUGGCAGUACAGUGAGGAUGUAGUAGAUAAAUCCAAGGGAGUAAGAUAUUUAUAAGAAACUAGGACCAGCUUAAAUAUAAUGAUGGGCAUGACAUGAGGAAAAGAAAAUUUCCAGUCAUUCAGUGAUAGUUUAGGCAGACUUAACAUGUAAACCAGAAUCAUCUCUAUAAGUUUAUUAUAGAUUCUUUUUAUUAUCAUAUAUAUUUCUCUUAUAUAAAAGAGGAUAUAUACCUUCUUGUUUCAUACAAGCCAGUUUCUGUCUUAUGAGUAUGUGGUGUUUUGUUUUUUUUGUUUUGUUCUUGUU